GACAUCAUAAGGAAAGUGGCGGAAUUUUCAAAGAGACAAUAUUUGUUAGUGUGUAACCUGAGCAGUAAGGGAUGGAGACUGCCCUGAAGGAAACCUACGACAGGUUCAAUAACAUCCAACUAAAAGAUGAACCUGAUUUGAAAAGUGGUCUGUCUUCUCGUGUAAAAGAAGAUUCUGACACCAAGGAAAAUGUGAAGCCUCGUACAGAAAGUCAAGAGGACUUGGGACAUGAUGAGCAGGUGAAAUUCAAUCGCUUGGUCACUAAAGCCUCACAGCUGGCAUCAGAGGGACAAGUGCGAAUGGCUUUGGAGCUGAACAAGCGAGCACUGAAGAUACACCACAAAGACAAGCUGGUCCGACGCAUACAGAAGAUGGAGGCAUACCUUGAGCAGUAUGGUGAUGGGGAGGAUGAGGAAUCGGAGGAAGAAGAUGAUAAUGGAAUGGUCCUGUUAGGGAAAGGAUUCUACCUUUACAGAGACCUAUACAACAAACUGUACGACCACCAGAAAGCAGGUGUCCUCUGGUUCUGGUCUUUAUUUAAGAAACACAAGGGUGGUAUCCUUGGUGAUGAUAUGGGCCUGGGUAAGACGAUACAGAUGAUAGCUUUCCUAUCAGGAUUGUUUGACAUGGAUAAAGUCCACGCUGUCCUUAUUGUGAUGCCGGUAUCCCUGAUCACUAACUGGGAGAAAGAGUUCAAAAAGUGGGCACCUGGUAUACGAGUGACCUUGUUCCAUGGGAGCAGUAAGCGAGAGAAGGAGCGAGCAUUAGCUAAGGUCCAGCGGCGUGGAGGAGUGUGUCUCACUUCCUACGGUCUUGUGGUCACCAGCUCUGAGCAGCUAAGUCAGAGGGAUAGACGGGACUUUGAAUGGGACUACAUGAUAUUAGAUGAAGGCCAUAAAAUAAAGAAUCCCACAAAAACCACGAAGGGUGUUCAUGCCAUUGGCGCCAAGAACAGGAUCGUCCUGACAGGAACUCCCGUGCAGAACAAUCUGAAGGAGUUAUGGGCCCUGUUUGAUUUCGUCCACAAAGGAACAUUAUUGGGGACAGCAAGAACAUUCAAAAUGGAAUAUGAUACUCCCAUAACAAGGGCAAGAGAGCGUGAUGCGACAGCAGGAGAAAGGAAACUUGGAAUGAUGAUGGCUGACAGCUUAAAACAGAUUAUUGCUCCCUAUUUCCUCCGGCGAACAAAGGCAGAGGUCGCUAAAAAGGAAAAAACUCUUGAUGAUAAAACAACCUCAGAGGACGAAAGUGGCAAGGAGUGCAAACAGAUCAAGUAUGGAGAUCUGGCUGUUGUGGUGCGGGAUAUGAUGCCGACCAUGACACGCAAGAACGAUUUCAUUGUGUGGCUAUUCCUAACGAGGACUCAACAACAGAUAUACCAGGAUUUCCUGUCGCUGGACUCCGUCAAAGAGCUGUUGAUGACCAAGAAAUCUCCCCUGGUGGCGUUGACUGUGCUGAAGAAGAUAACGGACCAUCCCCGUCUCCUGUCAAAGCGAGCCUGUGCACAGCUUGGACUGGAUGGAGAGGAUGCGAUGGAUAACUCUCUGCUGGAGUCAGAGGAAGGAUUGAGCAGUGCAGCAACAGAAAUCCAUAACAUUGAUGAUAGCACUCUCAUCAACGAGUCAGGAAAACUCAUCUUUAUCAUCGAGCUUCUUACACAACUGAAGGCAGAGGGUCACCGCACACUGAUCUUCUCACAAUCACGCAAGAUCUUAGAUAUAAUCGAUAAAGUCACCACCAAUAGGGGCCACAAGGUGAUGAGACUAGAUGGCACGGUCAUCCACAUCUGUGAGCGAGACCAGAGGAUACACAAGUUCCAGACCGACACCAGCUACACACUCUUCUUACUCACAACACAGGUGGGAGGUGUAGGGCUAACACUGACGGCAGCAGACCGUGUGAUCAUCUUUGAUCCGAGUUGGAAUCCAGCAACUGAUGCCCAGGCGGUGGAUAGGGUGUUCCGUAUUGGUCAGGACAAAAACGUUGUCAUCUACCGCCUCAUAACGUGUGGUACAGUGGAGGAGAAAAUUUACAGGCGACAGGUGUUUAAGGAUUCCAUCACACGACAGACUACGGGCAACACCAAAAACCCAUACAGGUACUUCACGAAGCAGGAGUUGAAGGAGCUGUUUAUCCUGGACAAUCCUCAUCACUCCAAGACUCAGGUUCAACUACAGGAGAUGCACCAUGGAAGUCGUAUCUCCGACACCUCCCUAGAUACUCACAUUGCUUUUCUCCACUCUCUUGACCUGUUUGGACUCAGUGAUCAUGAUCUGAUGUUUAACAAAGCCAGUGAGGCUAUGGAUGACCAGCCGGAGGACCAAGAGGAACCAGUGUCCAAGUCUCACCUCGAGGGCAAUGACUACAUACAGCACAGGGUUCAAAAAGCACAACAGCUACUGCAAAUGGAGUCGGAGCUCGGAGAAGGAUCAACCCUGGAAGAGCGUUUUUCAAAGUAUCCAAGACCUGCAACACACAGAGAACUGCCCCAGUUUAAUUUUGGAUCCAGUGUAGGACCAUCCUACCCACUUCCAGGAGAUGUGGAACCUGAGAGAAAAUAUAAAGUGGAGCCUGACAGUGUUGAUUUGACAACAGUAGAAUCACCUGACCAAUCAGAUAAUAGUACUGGUGAUAGUGACGACCCUAUUGUUUUGGAUGCCUCCACAGAUGACCUGGAGGUCAAGGACAUUGAAGAGAAAAUAGCUGACAUGUCAAUACAGAUAACAGAACCCCCAGAGGAGAAACAUGAAGUAGUGGAGAUUGACUCUGACCUUGAAGAAAUUCAGUCAAAUCAGGAUGGAAAUUCAGACACAGAAGAAUGGUCAAAAGCUCCAGAAAAGAAGGACAGUCGUAUACCUGUCAAACAUGAGGACAUUACUGAUAUAAAACAGGAGGCCAUAGUUUCAGGUGAACUCAAUCUACAGCAAAACAGCAGUAUCAAGACAGAAAAACUAGAGAGCUCCCCAAACAAGGGAGAUAACUCUGAUUAUGACAUGGGAGAGAAUGAUUCCAUUCCAACUGAAUCACCUGUGAAAAACUGCUCCAGUUUAAUGGAAACUUCUAUGACAAAAACGCCUGAUAAAAGAUCUAUGGAGGAAAAUGGGAUGGAAGACAUGACUACUCCCAACAGCCAUGGUACCAGGACACCUGGCAGUUUGAAAAAGAAAACUCCUGUUACUAUGGCAAUGACAACACCUAAAGGACGGAAUAACAAGAGGAAGAGUGUAUCCCACAGCCCCUGGUUGUCACGGACACCAAAGUCAGGCAAGUAUAGCCCAGUUGUCAACGAGGAGAUAUUCAUAUCACCGGAUGCAUCUCGUCCCAUUGUGAAGGUGGAACCUAAACCCUUGUCGUCAUUAUUUAGUAACAUGUCAGAUUCAAACACACCAAAGCUGCGUAAACACCCAUCAUUGAACACCACCAUCUUUUCUGCUUUCUCUACCGAUAGUCCUGAUGUACAGAAUGAUUCCUCCGAGUUCUAUUUGUUGGAGAUUCCCCCGGAGAUUCAGACAACCACAAAACCAGAUAUGACAGUUGUGGUGAAUUCUAGCGAGGAUGAAGAGGAGGAGUCCGCAGGUAGCACACCAGAUGUGACAGAUUCUAUAGAAAAUUCUCUCUCUCUAGGUCGGGCAGACGUAGUGGCCGAAUCUGAUGAGGAAGACUCCCCUGAUGAACCAGUGAGUCAUAACUCUUCAAUAGACAGUGUGCCUGGUGAUAGGUCUAGUCACAAUAGGUCAGUAGACAGCCCCUUACCGACUAUUACGAGACAGAAAAAGGUCAGGAAAGCUGUUAUAGAAAGUUCUGAUGAGGAAGGAAGUGAUGAACACUCUUCAGCAGCUGUAGAAGAUGAGAGUGACUCUAGAAAGACUUCACUCAAGAUUUCAAGAAAAAAUGUGAUUGAAAGUUCAGAUGAAGAUGAAAACAACGAAGGUUCUGAAGAUGAAAAACAAAUCUCAACAAAAAAAUUGAAGAAACAUACCAUUAAAAGCUCAGAGGAUGAAAUGUCUGAUGAGGAAGAUACAAACUUACAAAGUAAGAAAUCUGUGAAAAGGUUUGAAGAUGUAGAAACUGAUGAUGAAAGUGACGAAGAGGACUCGGAUAUGAGUGGUUUUAUUAAUGAUGAAGAUGAGGAAAGUGGAGAUGAAAGCGACUACAGUGAAGAGGGGGAGACAAGUGAGGAGGAAGAGGAGACCACACAAAGACAAUCUCAGAAGUCUGCUUUCGACCGCCUCUCAGAGGAUAUGAAGGUCAUGUACAAGGAACUGAUCCACUCAGGCAGAUCACUUCUGAAGUCUGGCCAAUAUGAAGAAGCUCUGGCGAACGUGCUGCAGGCUAUAGAGAUAUGUCCCGAGCCCUCGGCACAAGCACUGGCUCUCACCAUCCACAGGGCAAUGGACACUUAAAGUCUCCAUCUAAAACCAACCUCAUCCAGAGGAUGUUUAUCUCUGUUAAAGUGACAAAUGAUUGUAGUCACUUCAGAAGGACUGUCGGUUGAUUUCUGUUGAUGUGCCAAAUAGUUUGGUGAUGUAUCUUGUCUUUGGAUGUGACAAUAGAAGUUAUCGAUGGAGAAGGUGGUUAAAUGUUUAGCCAUAUUCUGUAAUGUGCAACUUCUGUUGACCAUGAAUAUAAAGAGACUGACCAUACACACCCUAAGCUGUGUACCAAGAAAUAAAAUGUAUAAUGAAACAUCUGUAACAAACUUGGUUGAUAUUAUGAUACAUUAUGAAAUUAAUUUUCAUAUUUAUUUUUUUUUUAACUGAAUAUUUAUGUGUGUAUAUAGAAUAAAUGUGAUCAAGUCUCGUGGUACAUAUAAAACUAUUAUUUUAUUUUCAAUUUUGUUGAGGAUAUUUUAUUUUAAAUGUACUUUGAAGUGUUGUUAAGGUGUGUAUUCUUUUUUGUUCAAAUGAGUUCAGAAGUGACGUAUCUAUUGAGAAUUUCCAGUGAGUAAUCAGCAGGGUACUGAAAACUGUGCAGCAUGUUUAUUGAUACAUUCCAAAAUUUAAAUUUGGCAUCUGUAUACAAAUGGAAUCCUGGAAAAAGUCUACAUACAUAUCAUGGAAAUCUCUACCAAAACAUAAAUUCAGUUUCCUGGUACAAUCAGUAGAGUUCUGAAACAAGGAAAUCCUGCAGACCUUGGUAUUCUCUUCCAAAUCCUAAGUUUCCCAGGUUGGUGAAAUACUGUCAAUUAGUAAGCUGUACAUCUUAAUUUUUGAAUGUUUUACUGUACAAUUUAAGUAUAACUAGUGCUGUGUAUGUAUUGGAAUGUUUUAUCAUCCAUAAAAAAGGAUCUGUCUGUCAUCUGGAAUGACAUACAUUACAAUGGUAAAACUUUUUUAAAGAUUGUGCUUACUAUUCAAGUACAUGUAUAUAUAAUUUUGCAAACAUAACUUGAGAAACCAACUUCAAGUUGGCACACAAAAACAUCAGCACAUUGUCAAAAGGCAGAUGUUUAAAGAAAACAAGUGAUGUUAAGAUAAGUGAUACACAGCCAGAGUAUUCACUCAUAUUACAAUUAGUAUGACUUAGCAUGGUGCUUCUAAAAUAAAAAGCACUGAAAUUAGUUCAAUAACACUAUUUCUCUACUCAAAUGUAAAAGAUGUCUAUGAACGAAAAACAUGGUCUUUUGGGUAUGAUUUGCUGACUAGAUCACUUUGAUAUGUGCAUUAUACUGUAGCUUUAUCAUCUUAAACAUGGUCUUUUGGGUAUGAUUUGCUGACUAGAUCACUGUGAUACGUACAUUAUACUCUAGCUGUAUCAUCUUAAUCAUGCUUUUGUUGUUGUAUAGUUUUUUUUCUUGUUGAUACUGUAUUGUAACAUUACUUUGUAGGGGAACCAUAGACGACCUCCAAAUGGAGUUAUGCCCCUUUCAUGAUUAAAGUAUGCUGGCCUCUGUCUAUGUUCAAUGGAAUGUAGAUGCUCAUACAUGUCUUUGAAUUCUUUAUCAAGGCUUCUCUGAAACCUACAAAAGACCACUAUGUCCGUCCUUCUUUCAAAUAAAUGACUCUGGUCCAACUGGCCCAACAGUUCCGACUUCGAUAAAUGAAAAAAAGCCAUGUAAUCUGUAUACACAUUACCUUGGUAUUCAACUCUGCCUUUUCAGUAUCGGACUGUCAUCACAUCUACUAGUGCAGGGCUCAAAGUGACGUCUAUUUUAGUGGCCAUGGCACCUUAAAUUCACCAUUGGCGACCAGUUAUUGACCUAUAAGGCGCCUGCAUGCAUAUGGCCACUAAAAAAAAAUGUGUUUAUUUGCGAUUUGAUUAAUCUUUCAAAGUUGCAGGCGAUGCUAAAAUGACGUUCACAAUAAAAAAAGUUACAGAGCUGUUAUACUGAUCUGAAGAAUUAAAAGAUUUUUCUUUUUUAAUUUAAAACAACUAGGACAGGCACCUAACUUUUCCAAUUGGCGCCUAGAUUUUAUGACUUGGUAGCCAAAUAGGCCACCUUGUAAAACUAUCCACUUUGAGCCCUGACUAGUUAAUGGAUACCAUACUGAUAUAAUCCAGUUAUGUUAACAGUCAACUUCAUAAAUAACAAAGUUAGGAACUAGGAUAUUUCAUCAACAACUUGAUUUGCCUCACUACACAUCUUGUGAAUAAGAAUAAGCAAAUUUUGGAUAUAAUUAAGCAUUGUCUCCAUCGCUUGAUUAUUAGUGAAGUUGACUGCACUUUGAUAUUGAUUGUCUGGAAGAUUUACAUGUAAUUUAAGUAAUUAAUCAUCUCAUAAUUGUUUAUUCGAAGUUUGUAACCUCAAUAAACAUUCAGCAGAGAUAAUAAAUGAUACAACUUUUG